AUGGAUUCCAGUGACUGUGAACCCCAUUUGCUGAGAUCUCUCUUAGUCUUCAAGAACACCAUCAACCAGGAGUUGAUCAGGAGCUUGCAUGUGUACCGAUUAGAUGAGGGGAAGGAAAAUGAGGUUGAGAGGGAGUUUGUGUUGUCCGCCAGUGAGCCAUAUGUGGAGUUAUCAGCUGACCCGCUUCUUAGAUUGAUGAAAUUUCCAGUUUCCCAAGUGCACGAAGGACAUGUCAAUGGUUGUUGGGUUUGCAUAUUUGCAUUUCAGGCCAAUUGUCCUCCUAAUUUUACAUGCAUUCCUUCUAUACUUUCAGUCUCCAGAAAUCGGAAGUUGAAGGCGAUUCCAGCUUUGGCUAAUGAUCUUCAGAUGAUUUUCGAGUUGAGCAACAAAAAACCAUUGCAAAGGUCAGGGGAGGAAACAUGCCAAGGGAGUAAUGACAAUAACCAUCAACUAAUAAGAAGUUCGCCCGUACUUGAUCUGGAUCUUAACAGUCUUCCAUGUCCAGUCCCAAUGUCUGAAUCGUUGGAGGAUCAAGAAAUUGGAAGAAGUUUACCAGGUAUUAUGGAGAAGAAGAAGAAAAGGGCACCAAGUGAACAUGUAGCAAAUAUCGCUUUAUCAGAUCUGGCCAAGUAUUUUGAUCUCCCAAUUGUGGAAGCUUCAAGGAAUCUGAAUGUUGGACUUACAGUACUUAAAAAGAAAUGUAGAGAGUUUGGUAUUCCUCGGUGGCCACAUAGGAAAAUUAAAUCGCUUGACGGUCUCAUUCGUGAUCUUCAGGAAGAGACAGAGAUUCAACAGCAGGAAAACCAGGCUGCAGCCUUGGCUGUUGCAAAGAGGCAAAGGAUGUUGGAGAAUGAAAAAGAAAGUAUAGAGAGGAAACCCUUCUUGGAGAUGAAGACCGAGACCAAGAAGUUCAGGCAAGAUGUUUUCAAGAGAAGGCAUAGAGCUAGACUUCUCAGAAGCCAGGGCCUACCAAACUCUGACAAUUAG